UCUCAUUUCUGUGCCUCAUGUUGAAGGCUAUCCAGACAUAGUGUAGGAGCCUGGUGAUUCAAAGAGAUUUUCCCCAUCACUCCCGCAUAGUCAUGGACAGUCUUCUUAUGAAACAAAAGAAAUUCCUCUACAACUUCAAGAACUUGCGCUGGGCCAAAGGCCGUCAUGAAACAUACCUUUGCUAUGUGGUGAAACGGCGAAACAGCGCCACAUCCUGCUCCCUGGAUUUUGGAUAUCUGCGCAAUAAGUCAGGUUGCCAUGUUGAAGUUCUCUUCCUGCGUUACAUUUCUACCUGGGAUCUGGAUCCAAGGCAUUGCUAUCGGAUCACUUGGUUUACCUCGUGGAGCCCCUGUUACGACUGUGCCCGCCAUGUGGCUGAUUUCUUAAGCGCCUAUCCUAACUUGACCCUGCGCAUCUUUGCUGCCCGCCUAUACUUCUGUGAGGAACGCAAUGCUGAGCCGGAAGGGCUGAGACGUCUGCACCGCGCAGGAGCUCAGAUUGCCAUCAUGACCUUCAAAGAUUAUUUUUACUGCUGGAACACCUUUGUAGAGAAUCGCAACAAAACUUUCAAAGCUUGGGAAGGGCUUCACGAAAACUCUGUACGCCUUGCCAGAAAACUUCGUCGCAUCCUUUUGCCACUUUAUGAGGUAGAUGAUCUGCGAGAUGCCUUCCGAAUUCUUGGACUUUAAGGUUCUAAGAUGAUGGGUCAUGGGGAAGAGAAGUGUCAUGCCAGCAACAUGAUAGGAAAAAUAGUCCCGAGGUCUUCAGCUUUUAGCCUCCUCUUUCCUUUACGACUGCCAUUGAGUGUUUGUAAGUCUGCAUGUCAGAAAAGAUGGGGAUGAUUCUCUGAGACUACUUUUUUUUUGCACAUUGGUGCUCUGUGUGUGUGCAUGUGUGUGUGUGUGUUUUAUUAGAAGCCAGAACAACAGCUGAGUAUUGAGUAACAUCAUUGAUGAAAAUUUCAAAAUCUUAGAUAUUAAUGGCAUAUAUGUUCAGCCUUUAAAGAAAAUACUAAUUUUCUGUGGCACAGGAGGUUACAUUUGAAUCUUAAUAACCAGGAUGCGUCACAGUGAGCAGCCCACAAAACCACUGAUGCUUCUUGUUGCACUAAGUGGAGAUCUACUGACUACGGAUAUGCUUGAAAACCAUAAUGUGGCCAUUUAUCCCACAGCAGGACUGCUGGCUAGGUAUUGGCUUUCUGUUCCGAUAUGUAAUAAUUUCAUUUUACUACAUUUCUAUACUGGAUCUAUAUUAUGAGCAAGUAUUGGCAGAAAUGCCCUACAGUGGUCUAAAAGUGAUGCCGGCACUGCACGGCUGCAUUCUCUGCUUUGUCCUCUUGCCCCAUUUACUAAGAACUGGGAAACUCCUCUGCAUGUGUUUCCCACAAAGCAGAGAAAAGAAAGUGAGAAUAUGUCAGGCUGGCUGAAAAUAGUCUGCAGUAUUCUUUUAAAUGCAUAUAUUUAAAAGAAUACUGCAGGCUAUUUUCAGUCCAGCAUAAGAAGCUACAUUUCCCUACAAUUUGGCAAAAGUAAAAUAUGAGGAUUUAGAAUGUUUAUGGUAAACUGAGAAUAGAUAUGUUUUGAGGGAUACUUUGAUCUCCUCAAAGGAUACAAAGUAAAUUAAUUUUUAAAAUAUUAAUUAGGAAAGUGUAAAUUUGACUUUUUAAAGUCUUCAAGUAAUGCAAAUGCUUCCCCAAUAGAACCAAUAAAGAUGGGGAAAUAUACAAAGAAAAGCUGCAAAAAAAUAGAAAAUGAAAAGAUUUCUCCACAGACAUCCUACCAUAGUCAAUAAAACCCAAGGAGGACAUAAGGAAUUUAUAAUUAUAAAUUAUCUCAUCUGCCCCCAGAUGAUUGCUCUGUCAAUCAACUGAAGCUCUCCCCAUUUUAAAGACACUUAUUAACAACAAAUUAUAUGUACAGAUUCUACGUACAGGCAAGAUAGGUAGUACUUGAGAUCAAUACAUACUAAAAGAAGAAUAUUAUAAUUUAGAUAUUGCAAAAUAAAUAAUAAAGAUGUAUAUCAUUUGUCCACCUAUCAUUCAAAAAAAGAAAAAGAAAUAAAUGAUAUCCAUCUUUUUACAAAAUUGUUUUCAUAUAGUUUAUUUCUCUAGAACACACAAAAUACAGAUCAUUACAAUUCUGCAUCCCUUUUCAAGAUUAGAUAAAGGGAGAGUCUCCCCCACACACAACAAAAAAUUCUGAAGAGGUUUUUAGUGGCCGCUAGAAUACUAAAUAAUGUCAGUUUCCAGAGAGGGAUAGGAAAUUUUAGACUCUUGGUCUAACACACACAUGACCUCUAGAGGUACGGAAAAGAACUGAAAUACUGAUUAUUGCUGUGGUAAUUACCAUAUUAACAGUGGCCAUUCACAGAACAUUUGUUUCAUAAUAAAAUAGAUAUCCAUGCUUUGGUGAGCUGAUGAAGACAUGUUUGUAUUAACAUGCCUUGCUUUGAUCAAGCGAUCCUUUUCCAAUUUUUGAAAUAUAAUUCAACAAAAUAAUCACGGGGCACUACAGAGUAUGAUGAGAUAGUCCAAAAUAAAAACAAGAGAGAGAGACUCCCAGAUCAGAAAGCACUCAGAUCAGAUACCUGAGAAGAAUAAGGGACAAGUAUAAUUAGCACUGUCACUAAUGAUGUGACUAGACUGAAGUCGAAAGGAUGUACACAGAGGCGAAAGCAAUAUCUUAUGCAUACACAAUUGGAACAUGAAACACAACAAGUAUGAAUCAAGGUAAACUUGAAACUAUAAAGUAAGACCUUUUUGUUACAGCAGCUCCAACUGGCUGCUGAUCCAUUUCCGGGCACAAUUCAAAGUGAUGGUUUUAACCCAU